AUGAGAUUUGCUCGCCGUGAAGCCAAGGCAGGUGUCUUAGACGGUAAGAUAUACGUCAUGGGAGGCUGCGUUGGUGCAGACUGGGGCAACGACAAUCCAGAGGUUUUUGAUCCAAAGACGCAAACUUGGAGCAGUGUGUGUAUACCUGAUCCUCCGGUGAUGAACAAGGAGGUUUGCAAGGUGGUUGGGCCGGAUAAGGAUUAUUAUUCCUUCAAAUUUUGGAGUGAAGAAG